GAGACCCCGUCGCGCCAUAGUGACUGUAGCCGUGGAGACAGUUACUUACCAACGGGCGCAACACUCAGCAACAGCAGCAGCAGCAGCAUCUGGAAGUCACCGAGCGAGUGGGAGAGAGGGGACCGAGCCCAGGGCAGAACUUUUCUCAAGGCAAAGCAUGCAGAGCUCCGAGGCAGGGUCAGACACCACGACCAGCGUGGCAGCGCUGCGUACGUCGUCAUCGGCCCAGGCUCCCGUGGUACAGCCUGUCCCAGCCUCCCAGCAGAGGGUGCUGGUUCAAGCCACAGGCUCAGCUCAGAAGGGAGGACAAGCACAGCAGCUUUCAGUACCCAGGGUUCAACAGGUCCCUCAGCAGGUGCAACAGGUGCAACAUGUUUACCCAUCCCAGGUUCAAUACGUAGGAGAAAGUGGAGACGCAGUUUACACCAAUGGAACUAUCCGAGCAGCCUACUCCUACAACCCCGAGGCCCAGUUGUACGGGCAGAGCAGCGGAGGGACCUACUUUGACUCGCAGGCCGGUGGCGCUCACGUCACCACGGUGGUCUCCUCUGCCAGCGGUGGGGUGCCCCCGCACGGCAUGGUGGGCAUCACCAUGGAUGUGGGCGGCAGCCACAUCAUCUCCAGCGGCAGUACCUACCUGAUCCAUGGAGGGAGCAUGGAGGGAAGCCGCAACCACAUAUCGCACUCAUCACGCUCCUCCUCAGCUAUGCUUGAAAUGGCGAUUGAAAACCUCCAAAAGUCUGAAGGAAUUGCAAGUCACAAAAGCAGCCUGCUCAACAGCCAUCUGCAGUGGCUACUGGACAACUAUGAGACAGCCGAGGGCGUCAGCCUGCCCCGGUGCUCCCUGUACAACCAUUACCUGCGGCACUGUCAGGAGCAGAAACUGGAUCCGGUCAACGCGGCCUCCUUCGGCAAACUCAUCCGCUCGGUCUUCAUGGGCCUGAGGACCCGCCGCCUCGGCACCAGAGGCAACUCUAAGUAUCAUUACUAUGGCAUCCGGGUGAAGCCAGACUCGCCGCUCAACCGGCUGCAGGAGGACACCCAGUACAUGGCCAUGAGACAGCAGCCUGUCCACCAGAAACAGAGGUUUAAACCCCUACAGAAGGUGGAUGGUAUGUCUGACAGCCUGUGUGGGAGCUCUCAGCACUGUAGCAGCACUCCAGAGCAGUCGGUGGCUGCUCAGAGCCAACACCACCAGCAGUACAUAGAUACGUCCCACAGCUUGCCUCCAUUCCCCCCCCUUGACAUGGGCACUCAGUCUCUGCCCGAGCGCAUCAACAUGAAUGAUAUCAAGAAGAUGGAGACGCUCUACAGAGACCACUGUGAGGCUACUUUGGAUGUGGUGAUGAACCUCCAGUUCCACUACAUUGAGAAACUCUGGCAGACAUUUUGGUAUUCAACACCGCCACCUAGUGACGGAAAUACAACCAUCCCCAACAGUGAUGACGACCCAGAAGGUGUGAUUCCCAGAGAGAAGCUGGUGGCUCUGUGUAAAUAUGAACCGGUCAGACUAUGGAUGAGGGGCUGCGAUCACAUCCUCUACCAGGCUCUCGUGGAGAUCCUCAUCCCCGACGUCCUGCGUCCUGUUCCCAGCACUCUCACUCAGGCCAUUCGAAACUUUGCCAAGAGUCUGGAGGGCUGGCUGACGAACGCCAUGACCAGCUUUCCUCAAGAGAUUGUCCGCACCAAGGUGGCCGUGGUCAGUGCGUUCGCCCAGACUCUGAGACGUUACACCAGUCUGAACCACCUGGCCCAGGCGGCCCGCGCCGUCCUCCAGAACACCUCCCAGAUCAACCAGAUGCUCUCCGACCUCAACAGGGUGGACUUUGCCAACGUCCAGGAGCAGGCGUCGUGGGUUUGUCAGUGUGACGAGAGUGUGGUUCAGCGUCUGGAGCAGGACUUUAAGGUCACCCUGCAGCAGCAGAGCUCUCUCGACCAGUGGGCCACCUGGCUGGACAACGUGGUCUCUCAGGUCCUGAAACCCCACCAGGGCAGCCCGAGCUUCCCCAAAGCUGCACGCCAGUUCCUACUCAAAUGGUCUUUCUACAGCUCCAUGGUGAUCCGAGACCUCACUCUGCGAAGUGCAGCCAGUUUUGGCUCUUUUCACCUGAUCCGUCUUCUGUACGAUGAGUACAUGUUUUACCUGGUGGAGCAUCGCGUGGCUCAGGCCACCGGAGAAACUCCCAUUGCCGUAAUGGGAGAGUUCAGUGACCUGAGCUCUAUGAUGCCGUCGCUCUUGGAAAAAGACGCGUCCUUCUCCGAUGAGAUGAGCGACCUGGGCAGCGAUGCCGACACGUCCAGGGAGCCCACUGAACCGGCCGUGAAGAGGGAGAGGAUCGAAAUGAGCCACCCUCUGCAGGAGAUGUGAGUCCGGACGGGAGAGCCACGAGGACCAGCAUCUAGAGGUGACUGCGAAGUGACCUUUGGGGGAGACGAGUGGCUCUUGAGUCGGAGCACAAUGCCUCCCUCUGGAGUCUGUGUGCGCAGUGUACAUAGAGAGUAGCGGCGUCAGUCCUCCCCCCCUCACUAGCGUUUGUAAAGAUCAUCUUCGUCCCAGGAAGCUCACGUCUUUUAUUUUCUCCUCACCGGGGGCGUUACACAGGUCUGAUUUUGUUUCCGUUUUGUUUUGUUGCAACUGUGAAUGACUUUGUGCAGUACCUUUUUAUUGGAUGUGUUCCUUUUGAGUGCUGGUGUGUGGUGUUCAUGUGACUUUUCUCGUUCAAAGUUUCAACUAGCUGUGCCAUUAGUGUCAUUUGAGUGCCUUAGAUCGCUAACUUUUGAAACCACCACUACAGAUCUGUCAAUCUGUCCCUCAGCUGUGCCUCUACCGCCGUAUGAAUGUAUCGUCUCCAAAACCUCAGACAUUCGAAGCACCUUUAAACGUGGACGCGGUGUAGGUGUGAACUCCUUGUUGCCUCUGCUGCAGCUCGCAGCUAACAUGAAAAACAAAAAAACCCACAAUGAACAUGCAACCUACUGACCCAAAGGACCUUUUCCCUCAGUCGAUCCAACCUGCUCUGUCUAGGGAGGCAGGGAACAGUCUAUUUACCUUGGCUGUGUUGGUAAGAUGUUGGUUCAUUUACCUCAAUAGAUUUCUAUGCUGUGCUCCGUUCGGCUCAGAUGACAUGAGGCGAUUGUUACGAAGAAAAAAAAAAAAAAAGAUGCAGCCACUGUCGCGGUUCGUCUCUCCCACUCCGGUUUCGUGUAAAUAGUUCUCACACGUUCCUCCAAAUGCUUUCUAACAGAUCCUCUCUCUGUCGAACUGGAAUCUGGUCUAAUUUUCCUGAUUUAAAAAAACUGGUCCUACAUUUCAUCAAAGGAAGAUGAAGCAACAACAGUUACUAGCUGUAAAAAAACCAAACAAACCUAAAACCGUUGGCAUCUGAGCCGACGCAUGCUCCCCGACAUUGAGGACGAUACUGAGACCUCACGCUGUCACUCGGAUAAAGUCUUAUGUUCUUUUUGAAUUAGAUAGAAAAAUACAGUGCGUUGUUUGGGGAAUUUGUCAAUAAUAAAUUAUAUAUAUAUAUAUAUAUACAUACAUACAUAUAUAUAUAUAUCUUUAUGAUGUAGUACGUUUGUGAUCCGUGGCCUUCGGUCGUCUUUGGCUAAAUCUCUCCUCAAACUGUACUCGGUCCGUCACUUUGUAUCAGAAGAAAGUGCUUUGAUGUGUAAUUGAUUAGACUGGUGUGUGUGUGUGUGUGUGUGUGCGUGUGUGCGUGCUUGUGGGGAAAAAAAAAAUUGUUUCCAAUCUCAACUGUUCAAUGUAUGGAAAUUCAUUAUUACUGUGGUGUCUCUUGCACCAUGUCGUGCUAUUAAACUGUCACGAGACACAUUUUUUUAUUUAUAUGAUCUGUUCCGAUUUGAUUUUCAAAAGCUUUUGUGUUGAAUCUGGUUUGGUUGAUUUGAUUGCCCCCUCCUCCCCCCUCUUGGAUGAUUUUGUCGUAGCGAUGAGAAACCUUGACCUUCAGUUAUUUAAGGCUUUUUUUUUUGUAACUUGUGCCUGUCACAGUAAUUUGCCUUCAAGUGCUUUUGGGGGAAAAAAAAAAAUUUAAUUUCUGUGUACAUUGUAAUGUUUUGUAAGGCUGUUUUAGAUUUUUUCGGCGGGGGAUUAUUUUUUAUCGAACUAGAUUUGGUUCCUCUCACAAGUAUACUGAACCCUUAUUUUUGUGUAUUUUUAAACCUGUUCUUGACUACACUUUAGCUAGCACAAGGACAGAUGAUGGUCUGUAAUAAACUGCAUAGUUCAGCUGUAUUUUGUACUUGGUCACAAUGUGUAAUAAAUUGGUGUAAACCAA